AUGCCCAACCCCCGAGUCUUCUUCAACUUUGAGGCCGAUGGGCAACCCCUCGGAAGGGUCGUAUUCGAGCUCUUUCGCGAUGAGGUCCCCAAGACCGUUGAAAAUUUCCGCGCGCUCGCGACAGGCGAAAAGGGGCUUUCACAGGUCUCACAGACCCCGCUGUACUACAAAGGAUGCAUCAUUCACCGUUCAAUCGAGAACUUUAUGAUUCAAGGCGGAGAUUUUACCAAGCGCAACGGUACCGGAGGCGAGUCAAUUUACGGUCAUCCAUUUGAAGACGAGAACUUUAAUCGAGACGUUGAUGCCGAAGGGUUGCUGGUCAUGGCCAACCGCGGCCAGAAUACGAAUUCCUCCCAAUUCUUCAUCACUGUUCGACCAUGUCCGCAUCUCAACGGCAAACAUGUAGUAUUUGGCCGCGUCGUUUCGGGGCUGGACAUUGUCAAACGGAUAUCAGAAAUGCCGGUCGAUGAUAAAUCUCGACCACUUAAGCCGGUAGUCAUCGCUUCGUGCGGAGAGUUGGAGUUGAGAAAGGCGCCACCCAAGCGCAGGGAUCCAACCCCAGAAUCUCGCUCGGCUUCGCCUGCCGAAUCUGACUCGGAUCAGGAGCGAGAGCACAAACGCAGAUCUCGCCAUCGCUCACGGAGCGCUAGCCCAGAGGGAACCAGGAGCAAGCACAAGAAGCACAAGUCUAAACGUAAAGACAAGGAUAGGAAAAGAGACAAGGAAUCUAAGGACAGGGAGACUGAUGACAAGGAGCCGAGAAAAGAAACAGAAGAAGAGUACGACGCUCGCCUAGAAAGAGAGGAAAACGAGCGAAUUGCAGCUCGGAGACGCGCCGAAUUGGAGGAGAAGAAACGUGCGCUGGAGCGAGAGCGUGAGAGGGAGUAUGAGACUACCGGUGUUAGGUAUAAGGGUCGUGGCCAAAUGAAAUACCGUGGCGCUGAUAGCCGCUAG